AGUGCGCAUAGACAAUUUAAUUAAAAUAGUACUUCGAAGGUAUAAUUGAUGAUAAAGGCUGAAAAUAUUGUAGGCGCCGAGCCUUUCCUGCGGUGCGCUGAGAAUAUCCCAAGGGUAAUUGUAGGCAAAUCGCUAGUGUGAUUGAGAAAGGGAAGGUAUUGGUACUUUCUCAAUUAGGUCUGUUCUCUCUCACUCGUCAUUUGUUUCAGAGUCCAAAGAGCAAACAGAUGAGCAAAAAUUUCUCUCCAAUCUGAUAAAGUACUUUUUAAUUUUGGGCAACAUUGUCUCUGUCCCAAUUUUCACUUACAUGAAAAGGUCUGGCUUGUGAACUGUCAAUGGCUGACAACACAGAAAUUGAUGACCGGGUGGAUCUUGAUGAUGAUAAUUACAUCGAAGAGGAUGAUGAUGUGGAAGAACAGAUAGAAGAUGAAGGAACUGAAGAUGGUGGUGAGGAAAAUGAUGAACAACCAGAGGAUUUAGGAGGCGGGGAUAGUGGGGGAGAGCAGUCAACUGAUGAAAUAGAUAAAGUUGAAGAAAAGGCCAAUGCUUCCUUGAGUGAAGAUGAGAAAAAGAAGUUUGCCGAACUUCUUGAUAUUCCUCCCCAUGGUUCUGAAGUCUUUAUUGGUGGGCUAUCUAAAGACAUUGCAGAAGAAGACUUGAGGGAUCUAUGUGAACCAAUUGGUGACAUUUUUGAGAUUAGAGUCAUGAAAAAUAGGGACACUGGAGAAAGCAAGGGUUUUGCUUUUGUAGCAUUUGGAACUAAAGACGUUGCCCAAAAGGCCAUUGAGGAGCUGCACAACAAGGAAUUCAAGGGAAGGAAGUUGAGGUGUUCUUUGUCAGAAACUAAGUACAGAUUGUUCAUUGGCAAUGUUCCAAAGAGCUGGUCUGAUGAAGAGUUCAAAAAUAUCAUAGAUGAGACUGGACCUGGUGCCGAAAACAUUGAACUUAUUAAGGAUCCUCAAAAUCCUUCUCGCAAUAGGGGAUUUGCUUUUGUUGAAUAUUACAAUAACGCUUGUGCAGAUUACUCGAGGACAAAAAUGUCAAAUGCAAAUUUUAAGCUGGAUGGUAAUACACCAACUGUAACCUGGGCUGACCCGAAGAUUACACCUGAUACGUCUGCUGCUGCUAAUCAGGUCAAGGCCCUGUAUGUGAAGAAUAUUCCUGAAAAUACACCUUCUGAACAAUUGAAGGAAAUCUUCCAACGCCACGGAGAAGUCACUAAGGUCGUUAUGCCACCAGCUAGAAGUGGUGGAAAACGAGACUUUGGAUUUGUUCACUAUGCGGAAAGGUCUAGUGCAUUGAAAGCCAUCAAAGAGACUGAAAAAUAUGAAAUUAGUGGUCAGGCGUUGGAAGUGGUUCUAGCAAAGCCCCAGGCUGAAAAGAACUUUGUCAUGUCUAACCCACACAAUCCAAUGCCACAUCCUAAUUUUAUUCCACACAUAGGUGGUGGUUAUGGCAGUUUCCCUGUCAGUCCUUAUGGAGCAGUAGCAAGUGGCUAUGGCGCUACUGCUGGAUUUCAGCAGCCUAUGAUAUACGGAAGGGGCCCCAUGCCAGCUGGUAUGCAAAUGGUACCGAUGGUUCUUCCAGAUGGCCGUAUUGGCUACGUACUUCAGCAGCCCAGUGGGGUACAGAUACCAAGUGUACGACCUCGGAGAAAUGACAGAAGCAAUGGUGUUGGUGGGCUCCAAGGACGAGGUACAUCUAAUAGUGGCCACGAUGAUGCCAGCCGCAAUAGGCGUUUUCGUCCAUACUGAUUGGGAAAAUUUGUUACUCUGGGUAACAUGUAAUGUCAAAUGGCUGAGCCAUGUCAGGAUAAUUAAUUAUUUAGAUCUUUUUUUCAUCAUAUGCAAACAAAACAGAGCAAGUUUACCUUAUACUUGGACCUUUUUUUUUUGGACCCUUUGUAGCAACUUCUUUAUAAAUUGGUGUAACGGAUGGUACUGUGUGACUCUUCAUUGAUUGGGAGUUGCGUUAAAUGUUUGUGUCGUUUUUCCUUCUUGGAGAGAAGUAAUACGGAGUAUCUAGUAGCAUUGUUUUUCAAA